CGCUUCUUUUCAAUAUGGCCUCCGGUGACACUGCACUGUGGCUUCAUAAUAAACUAGGAUCUACGGACGAUUUGUGGUCUGGACGUACAAUUUGCUCGCAACUAAGCAAGGAACGUUUGUUAAGUAUCCUGGAAUGUUUCCAUACACUUCAGCCGCAUGUCAAGGUCAAGCUCAUGCUGUCUUUCCUACACGUUCCACGGCGAAACACCGAAGUGUGGAAACGGGAGAUGGAUGAGAUUCUGCACAUGGCCAUGAUGGACACUGACCCAUGGGUGUGCAUGGUGGCGGAGAUUCUACAGACCUUCCCAGCUACAGGCUCACUGAACACAGCCUUGGAGGAAAACAGUCAGACAUUUGCUGAGGUCUUGUCUGACCUCAAGAAGAGUGUGAAAAAGUCGGCCGAUGUGCGCAUGCUGCCUAUUGAAUGUCAGUUUCUCAACAAGACAGCGCUGUCGAACACUGCUGGCCAGCCUCCACAGCCUGUCAAACACUUCGCUCUAAAGAGAAAACCCAAGUCGGCCACACUUCGAGCUGAACUUCUUCAAAAGUCUUCAGAAGUGGCUGCCAACAAGAAGAACAACGUGCCCAAUUCUGUGCCCAUCAAGAUCCGGAGUUUUGCUAAGAAGAUGGAUGAUUCAACUCCUCUGAAAGGCUUGCCAGGAAGGAGCCCCACUACUCCAGCCUUCCGAGCAGCUGGGGCAGGAUUUGGGAGGAUCAACAACACGCCUCUGAGUACCCCCCCUCUCACCAACAGGUCCAACUCGGCCCGGAAGGAAGGGAAGAUAAAGUUCUUGGACCUGGAUGAAGUUCCUGUUGGUUCCAAGGAAGCCAAGCGGAGAAAGAAGAUGGCUGAAAUUGAGGCAAUUGAGCUGCAGAAGAAGGAAAAGGAAGCAGCAGCAUCUACAGCAACAUCUGCAACGACUACGACUGCAGUGACAUCAUACACGCCAGACUAUGCUGCCGGCCUCGUGCCUCCAGCGACACCGAAAAUGCCCACCCCUGCUGUUGGAACAAGCACUUCAACAUUGUCCACACCCACCCCAGCCUAUGUUCCAGCGGCAAGUAGUCGACUCCCGACACAGCCCGCUGCCGCCACCCCUACUACAGCAUCGGUAACUCUGUCGGCCUCGACUCAGCAAGCCAGACAAAACCUUCAGCAACAACUGCAGCAACAGCUUGGCCAAUCACAGAUCAGGACACAGAUGAUUGUCACCCAGCAACCAGGCAGCCAAUCACAAACAGUGAUACUGCAACCUCAGACAACCCUACAGCAGGUAGUCACCCAACAACAAACAGCUGUGCUGGCAACAACUCCACUACAGCCACAGCAACAGCAGCAACAACAACAGCAACCUGCACUACUCCAACAGUCUGUGCAGGUGACGGCAGCACCUCAAGCACAGGCGGCUGUUGCAGCACCGGCCAAGAAAGGCCUUUCACUCACAAGAGAACAAAUGCUUGAAGCACAGGAGAUGUUUAAGACGUCGAACAAAGUCACUCGGCCAGAGAAGGCUCUCAUCCUCGGUUUUAUGGCAGGAUCUAGAGACAACCCCUGCCCACAGCAGGGAGAUAUACUCAACAUCCGACUCAGCGAGACGGAAGAGACUGUACAACAGACGGAUGGUGUCCAGAGGAAGAUGAUUGCGGACACCUACUUCCAGAUGAACUAUUCCACUGGAGAGUGGAAACGCUUUAAGAAAUUCCGGGAGUUAGGAGCCUCCUAGUACAGAACCCACCCAUUGUUAAAUGGGUGUGUGGGGAAUACAUGUGAUAGUUUGGAGCCCUGGAUCAAACAGGCUGAAGACAAAGUCAGUGUUCUGGUGAUGAACCUGUCCACUGCGGAAGUCAGUUCAAGUGUGUGGCCUGUCAGGCUUGGAGCUUGUUCAGACUUGGAGCUUGUUCAGGUGGGGAGCUUGUUCAGGCUUGGAGCUUGUUCAGGUUGUGGGCUUGUUCAGGUGGGGAGCUUGUUCAGGCUUGGAGCUUGUUCAGGUUUGGAGCUUGUUCAGGUUUGGAGCUUGUUCAGGUUUGGAGCUUGUUCAGGUGUGGAGCUUGUUCAGGUCAGGAACUUUUUCCAGGUAGUCUGUUCACAUAUAAAGUGUGUUCAGGAUACAAGUCUGUUCAGAUUUGAAGCUUGUUCAGGAUCUGAACUUCAAGAUGGAAGAUUUGGACCUUUCUCUGAAUACAAAUCUGCUAAAGAGCAAGUUCAGGGUGGGAGUCUAGCCAUAUACUUUAAGGUUGAACCUAUUUCCAGUUGAAGGCUGGUGUAUGUGGGUGUCCCAUGUUGGUGUGAGCAACCUCUGAGCUGGUUACUUCUUGAACUAGGAGACUGGGACUCCGAGCAGGUGGUUGUUGAAAGGGAGCCUGGAUGAAUGGCCAAAGUAUAUAUUUUAUCCUGCAAAGUGUGUAUGCUUGCAACUCGCCUUUAUGAAUGUAUUUUUCACAUCCCGAGAAGGUACACAUGUAUGUGUACCAACCUUCAUAGAUUCUAUGGGCUAUACUCAAGCUGUGCUACUCAAGCUGAUGGCCAGACGACUGAUGGAUGGGAGAGACCUAAUACUCUUAAUGACUGUGAACAUGCAGUGUGAUGUAAGAACGCCCCCAGUUGUCUGCCAACAUCAUUACCUAAAACAACCAAAGCUUUAGUAUUGUGUAGGUUCGCAAAACAGACUCCUACCCUACACCUGGGCCCAAGUGGUCCAGUGGUCUAAAGUGCUCAAUUUCACUGUGCAGAAUUGUGUCCCUAAGGUAGCAAGAAUCGUAUGAUCACAGGUCUGAAACCAAGAUUCAACCUCAUUAUUAUUCUUGUUUGUGAACACCACAUUCAUCCUCGGUGUCACGAAAGAAGUCAAUGUCUAGAUCAGCAUCAGUUUGGGCUUUGGACUUUUUUGAAAUAUUGUUCAAUGUGUGGUUAAAAUAUACUCCGUCACUCCCUGUUGGUUUGUCAGAACCACACCUGAGCUCGUGGGUAUCACUGAAGUGGUAAAUGUCUACGACCAACAUUACCGUGAUCAAAUUUCACAUCAGGCUUAAUUGCGCUGUUAUUACAGAAAUACUGUUCAAAGCAACAUUCAACGGACCUCUUCAUUGAAUGAUCCUAAGAAAUUGAUGUUUAGUUAAGGUACAAAUAUCAUUAUUAUUCUUAAAAUGGGUUUUUCUCCAUGCAUAGAUUGAAAUAGUUUCAACUGGCCACAGGAUAAGUGGUAAUCAUGUUUUUGGUUUCAAAAUGUUUAUAAUCACUUGCCAAAUUUGUACAUUAUUUUCUGUGCACCUUGCCACAACCAUGUGUGCUGUGAUACGGCUGCUGUCUGAUGGCUGAUGUAGUGUCCACGUUAUGUGUAAUAUUCUUGGGAGCCUGGAAUUGGUACAGACAGUAUUCACACGUUUGUCAAGACAUUCAACAGAGGCCACACGGCGUUCACUUGCUCACUGAAGAAUUCUACAAACUGCAAACAUCUUUUUGAAGGCGGUUAGGGUGCUAUUCAACUAUGAAAUAAUUCUUAGGAACCAAAUAUGAUUUUAAGAUAGGUGACCACCACAAGGCUAUUUUACAUUGGACAUUGAUACUACUCCACAAACAGCUACCUGAACAUGACUACGACCAACACAGGUUCUGAGUGAUUUGUUUUAGUAUCCGAGAUUUGUUAACUGCCAGAAAUGUUGGGUUAUGCUUAUGAACAUCAGGUCUUGUUGAACCAAUAUGUAGGUACGUAUUGACCUGGUGUCAGUAUGCUGAAGUGGAAUCGGCCUAUUAAAGAUUUUGUUACCCUCAUGUGCAAUUACAGACAUGAUACUGUGUUUAUUGUAUCUACUUGUACGUUGUUAUGGUCAUGACAUGUCAUUUGAUGUCAUACGUCUGCAUCAAACUGUGUUUUGUUUGUACAAUAAACCGAUUAUGAAGAACGA